AUGGAUCUCCAACCAAGACAAAAAGAUAGUAAAACACAAAAUAUUGUCUGUCAUGUGGACAUUAAGUACUACCCAUUUGAUGAACAGACCUGUACAGUUACUUACUACGUUUCCGACGAAACCAUCGCGACUGUAGAGUUGGAUCAUCCUGAACGUGUCACAUUGGAUGAAUACACUGAAAACCCCGCUUGGAGAAUAACCAGCGUAUCCAAUAAACGAUAUCUGCUGUAUAACACUUACCAUAUAGAUGUCGAGUUCAAGCUUCAGCGAAGAGCCAAUUUUGCAACGUUUACUCUGAUUAUGCCACUACUCAUGUUGGCCUUUCUGAAUAUCUGUAUAUUCUUGGUUCCGAUUGGCUCAGGUAAGAAGGGAUCGUUUGCAAUCACAAUUUUCCUCUCAUACGGUAUCUUUGUCACAAUCGUCAGUGAUACCCUUCCUGAUAACUCCCUCCAAAUAUCCUACUUCCUUCUGUUCAUCAUCGUCCUCUUGUUUAUGAGCGUCUUGUCCGUUCUUUACACAAUCAUUCAGGCGAAACUGGUGGCGAGUAUUGGCGAUAAAGAAUGUACCAUCAACUGCCUUCGUCCAAAGAAGCGUUCAAGCAACAAGGUGAUGCCUUUUGACCCAACGAAAGCCGGCGGCGACGACUGCGGCAAAGAUCCUGAAGUCUGCAGUGUUGAUAUAGACACCGACAACGAUGAUGAGUCCUACACUUGGGGAAUGUUUCUGGAGAAACUCGACUCGAUAUUAUUCAUCAUCUUCUUUGGGCUAAUCCUUCUUUUUACAGCAGGAUUCUUCAGUCUGAUGCUCCAGAGAGUGAGUGAAUCAACAUUGACUGAUAUGUAG